UACCGGCAUUGAUUUCAAGUUCCAUCCCUAAAUCAGCGUUCUGGCCGCGUAAAUUGUGCAGAAAAUUGGCCACUAUUUUGAUAAUCCCAAAACAGAUGACAUAAAUCUAGUAACAUCUGCUUUUUUUUUUAUCAUUUUGAAGCUACUUUACCAAUUUUCUGUGCAGUUUUAUUUUGAAGAAUGUCAGAUCGAGUUUUAAGCUCAUUAGACUCAAGCGCAGAAUUUUCACUAUAUGCGACGAUCAGCGAAGCAACCAGCGUCGGCUCUAUCUCUAAUUCUACCGCCAGCUCUGCUUCCAAUUCUAUCUUUAUCUCUGGCUUCGAUUCUACAGCCGACUCUAUCUCGAAUUCUAUCGCAGGCUCUGUCUCUAAUUCUUCAGUAGGCGCUGCUUCCAAUUCUAGCGCCAGCUCUGGCUUCAAUUCUAGCUCCAUCUCAGUAUCCUCGGACAACGAUAUUAGCGUGCACAUAUCGGGGCUAUAUAAUAUGAGCCACGAUGAAUCCCCUUCUCCGUCGAAUUUGUCCGUCUCGAUUGACGAUGUACCUUCGCAGCUUAGAGAACUCUCCGCCAAUGUGACCCAGAUGGAAGCCGAAUUGGAUAGCAUCAAUCGGUAUUGCGAGGAGGUUGUGGCCCAGAUGGGCAAUAGCAACACACCCACGUCUACCUCAACGCCAACAAUAGUGCGUGGUAACCGCCGCAGAAAUGACGUAAGUCCAGUGGAAGUGAUAGAUCUUUCCCAUCUGGAGUUUAUACCGCCGUUGCGAUCCGCCCGGAAUCGUGUUCCCGACGCUGUCAUUGACUUGUGCACUCCAGAUGGACCAAGAAGUCGUCCAGUGAACAUCACGUCCGACAUUUCAUAUAGCGCUCCUAGUCGUCGCCGCACCUUUAAUCAGUCCACCGCAACUCCUCUAGUAGUGGAUGUCGACGAUGUGUCGCCACCCAAACGCAUCCAACGCGAUCUCGAGCUGUCCCAAAAGGAGGACUCCUACAAGUGUCCGGUCUGCAUGGACAGUGUGACCAAGCGCGAGCCGGUGUCAACCAAAUGUGGACACGUUUUCUGCCGGGAAUGCAUCCAAACUGCCAUAAGCUCGACGCACAAGUGCCCGAUGUGUAACAAAAAGCUAACAGCGCGUCAAUAUUUUCGCAUUUAUUUGUAAGAUACUUAUUUUAUGUUGGAAUCGCUCUGUGAGCCCUUUGAAUUUCCUAUCAUUGUAUGUAAUAUUAUGUAAAGUUUGAUUGAAAAAAAUGUUUAAGACGGCAAAGAAGGUCAGCUCUUGUGAUUUAUAUACUAGGUUUUUUUGAUUAAUUUUCUCAAAAAUAGAAACGUAAUAAUAUGUAAGAUUACAAAAAUAAAGUCUUUCACAAAUGAAUCGAACCAUUAUAAGAUGAAAAGUGUAUAAGUUGAAUUUUAGGCGGACCUAUCGCCUGUUUGCUUUAAAUGAAGAAAUUAUAUGAUUUGUUUUUAAACCAUAUUUAAUAAAAUAAAUAUUCGUUAAUAAAAUUGUCACAUCUACAAAUAAUGUAGGGUUCAUAC